CGUCCUCCCGGGAGCGCGCGCGCGCCGGUGCGGGUGCGUGCGUGAGCGUGCGUGAGCGUGCGUGAGCGUGCGCGCCCUCGCCGCCUCUGCCGGUGCUGGUCCCGCGCCCUCUGCCACUGCCCCCACCGCCGUCUCCGCUGCCGCCGCCGCCGCCGCCGCCGGGUCCCAAGGCGCAGCCCCGGCUGAGGAGCGCGUCGGCCGGCUGCCCAGCAGCGCCGCGCAGGGAGGAGCGGAGCCGGCGGGCGGGCGGGCAGGCGGACAGAGUUAACUUUGAGGACCGAAAAGGAGUCACAGUAACUAAGCCGACACUUGCCCACAGCACACAAAUACUAGCCUGCCAUGGCAGACCAGAGACAGCGCUCACUCUCUACCUCUGGGGAAUCCCUGUACCACGUUCUGGGGCUGGACAAGAAUGCAACCUCGGAUGACAUUAAGAAGUCCUACCGGAAGCUGGCCUUGAAAUAUCACCCUGACAAGAACCCAGAUAACCCAGAGGCCGCAGACAAGUUCAAGGAGAUCAACAACGCCCACGCCAUCCUGACGGACGCCACGAGAAGAAACAUCUACGACAAGUACGGCUCGCUGGGGCUCUACGUGGCCGAGCAGUUUGGGGAGGAGAACGUGAACACCUACUUCGUGCUCUCCAGCUGGUGGGCCAAGGCCCUGUUCGUGUUCUGCGGGCUCCUCACCUGCUGCUACUGCUGCUGCUGCCUCUGCUGCUGCUUCAACUGCUGCUGCGGGAAGUGCAAGCCCAAGGCGCCUGAGGGCGAGGAGACCGAGUUCUACGUGUCCCCCGAGGACCUGGAAGCGCAGCUGCAGUCCGACGAGAGGGAGGCCGCAGACACGCCGAUCGUCAUCCAGCCCGCGUCCGCCACGGAGACCACCCAGCUCACAGCCGACUCCCACCCCAGCUAUCACACCGAUGGGUUCAACUAAAUUCAGGAGAAGCUGUGAUUCGAGGGUCAGUCAGCACCCAGCCGCUCGACCUUAGAAUCAUGGACUGUAGUCCCAGAGAGGGGGCGGGAGCCGCCCUGGCCCCGGGAGCGCAGCGCCAGCCCGCCUCUGUGCCCGCCCACCCCGCCGAUCCCUGACACACGAAGUGCGUAGCAUGCAGUAUUUAAAGCAGUUUAGCUACGGUCUUCUUCUUCUGUUGUUUCCUUUUUUAAUAGCAUGUACGGGGUUACGUUCCAUGUCUGUCUGUGUUGUGAGCGUGUUGCAGCCAGGCCACAUUCCCCGGACGUGGGGCCGCCUCAGGGCUCUCGGGCAGGUCGACGCAGUGGUUGGACGGCCUGUGUGGUCCCUCAUGGUCAGGCGGGCUCGGGCGGGACGGGCGCUCCGUUCCUCGUGCCCAUGGGGGCCUGAGGCAGGUGCUGCCUGGCUGGAGCUGUGGGGUCUGCUCCCUGCCCCGUGCCUGCCUACCAUGUGGCCACAGGCAGGGCCUCUGGACUCACCUGCCAGGAAGGAGCUGGGCCCCCUCUCCCAGCGCCAGGGUGUUUCUGUGGCGUUCGUCCCGAGGACAGUCUGUGCGGGACCCGUUCCCCCCCGUCUGCUCAGCCUCGUGGCAGUUGUUCCCCAUGUCUGACCUGAGGCCCCCGCACUUCGAGCGUGCUCCCUCCCGGGGUGGGGACGCUCCCACACGUCCCCAGGCCAUGAGCUGGAUGGAAGGGGCGCCUCCCGCGGCCUCCACUCUCCCCUUCCCUGCAUCGCCCUCCACAUUCCUUCAGGCCCUCCUGGCCUCUUACUAAUGCUUUUUUGAACCUCUAAGAACCACAGAUGGCAGCAGCGGCCCAAUUAGUGGUGGUCAGGGGGGCUGAGAGUCCCGGCUGCCGGUGGCGAGUGGGCUGCACAGCCCUCCCCUCUGUGCUUCCCAGAGCCCUCACCCACCCGCUUUCCUCCGACUGCUCCCUUUGGCCGUCGUUGAUGGUUUGGGCAGAGCUAGAGACAUCGGGCUCAUGGAGAAAGGACCAGCUGGACCAAAGGCACACUCUGGGCAGAGGGUUGGGUCCCCAAGUGGCCCUGGUGCCCUUGGGCUCGUUAGCCUGCAGCCAGACCACGGAAGCCCCGCGCAUGUCUGUCCGUGCACCGUCUGUGGGCUGUUGGAAGCCAGUCUGUCUUGUCCGCGUCCAGAUCUGUGGUGGCCCCUGCUCUGAGGCCUUGGAGACGUGGUUGUGCUGGGCCCGUGUCAGACCAGCACCUGCCCCGGGACCUGCGUGGCCCAAGUGGGUCUGGUUUCCCAUCGUGCACCUUGCAACCGCUGGGCUCCUCCGGAAUGUCCAGUAGGGAAGGCCGUGGGGCAGAGGGCUGCAGGCAAGGAGGUCAGACGCACCAGGACACCUUCCCGAGCCACUGAUUACCCCCACCCCGCCCCGCCCCGCCCCCGCCCAGGCCCCAGCUUGCCUGCUGCCCUCCCGGUGCUGUGUGGGGUGAGCAGCCGGCUCUGCAGGCACCAGGUCCAUGGGCACGUGUGGGUUCCAUUUUGUUUGGGGUUUUGCCCUUGAAAACAAUCACGAAGAUGUUCAGCAAGAGGGGAGAUCUGCGCUGAUGUUAAAUGAGAAAUAAUCUGCUGAAAUCCGACCUCUCAAAAGGACAAGAAAUCCAUUGUUUGACCUACCCUGGAACAGGGAGGAGGCCAGACACUAGGACAGUCUUAGGUGCCAAUUCCAGGCCAGCAAGAAUUCAGCCUGAGAGCAGGCCCUAGUCGGCCUUCCUGGCGUUUCUGGAAAUGACUUACGAAGUGAGUUGUCUUUCCCUGGAGUGGCCAAGCACGAAGUUCAGAGGUGGGGCUUCAGGUGGGCAGCUGCCCCUCCCACCGGGACUGUGUCACUGCUUCGCGGGCAGAAAACUCCGAGGCCCAUCACGCAGGUCAGGGCGAGUCCCUGCCAGGUGUCUUUUGGUUCCUGAAUCUUACUGAUCGUCCGCUAGAAACGUGAUGCUCCCCUGGAGGCCAGAGGGGCAGGUCCGGAAGUUUGUUGAACCCAGUCUCCUGUAGAAUUUGUAAAAACUAAAUAAAUCGUGACGGUGGUGACAACAA